UUCACGUACACAUUUGAAUAGAGAAUUAAUACUUCUGAUCAAAGUUAGACGCACCUCUUUCGACACAGAUUUUAUAUAAUCAACGUGAGAACUUGGUACAGAACUGCAUGCAGUUAGGACGCAAUUGUUGCGUAGAGUCGAAUAUUGGUAAAGUCUGCUACGUUACUGCAUAUAGUUAGAGAUUGCAUGAACUGAGUAUUGGCUUCUGGUACACGUCAGCUGAUAUCAGACUUUUAGGUUUUAUUGGAAAUCAAUUGGAUAUAGACGUAGAAUGAGCUCGUGUUUGUAAUAAGCCAGAAAUCUGAUAUUUGUACCAAUGGCUGAGAAGACUGAGGAAAAGAAAGCACCAAGCUCUUUAGAGAACCUGACGUGUCCACUAUGUCUUGAUAUCUUCGACGAGGCAACCAUCUUGACUUUAUGCGGACACACCUUCUGUCGGAAAUGUCUCAAGAACUAUGACCUGUCCCACCAGGAUCUCGAUCACAUGAUCUGUCCUCUCUGCAGGAAGAUCACCAAGUUAUCUGCGAACCGUGUCGAUGAUUUCCUCAUCAAUAUGACUGUCAACGGACUUGUAGACAAUUACCAUGCCGAGUGUGGAGGGAUGAACGCUGUCCUUGAGAUGCGUCCGAAAUGCACUGCUUGCAUGGUUCAGCAAGAUGCUGUCUCAUUUUGCUGUACAUGUAAUAACUACAUUUGUGAUAAGUGUCUGGAUUGUCAUAAACAUCUUAGAGCCUAUAAAAGUCAUGAUAUUAUAUCCAUACAGGAUAUCAACAACGGGAAGGUCAGUAUUGGUCAUCUAUCCGAGAAGUGCUGCAUCCACGAACAAGAGAACAAAGAUAUGUUUUGUGAGGACUGUAAGGUCCAUGUCUGUCUCAAGUGCGUGAUCGUCGGUCAUCAAAAUCACAACAUCAAGAAUCAGGCUGACUUCGAGAAGCAGUUACGUCUAAAGGUGAACGACCUAGUCCAGCGAUGUGCCACUAAGAAAUCAGAACUGGAGAAGAACAUUCAGAAUGUGGAAGUGCAACGUAAUGAAGUAUUCACUGCCGUGCAGAAACUACUGAAUGAUGUCAGUCAAGCCUACAGCAUCAAGGCUAAAGAGCUUGAAGAAAAUCAUCGAAAUCUCAUCGAGCAAAUCAAUGCAGUAAAGCGGAAUUUUGAUGACGAACUCAACGUCUUGAAAUCCAAGGAUCGACAGAGGAUCAAGAGUAUUUGUAGUUCAAUAACACUGGUAGCUAAUGACAGACUGGGUCGUCUUGAGACGGACAGUCUGUCUGCUCAUACCUUGCUCUGUGAGGAGCUGGAUGCCAUGCUGAGGGAGGCUACUGAUAACACUUCUGCGGCAGCCAUUACGAAGAAAGCACAGGAGACGAGGUUCAAGCCUGCAUAUGAUACUCGUCUUGACCUCGGGAGCAUCUCAGAAUCAGAUCACAAGUUGCAAGUCAUUCAAUGUGUAGAUCUACGGGGAUGCAUGCAUGGAAUGACCCAGUACUCUGAUGACGGUGUGGCUAUCGGAUAUUGGGAUUCACACGAUAUAGAUACCAUUGAUUCAGCUGGUAAACAAGAGCAGUAUGCAAAUAUACCAACUAAUAAGAAGUGUUAUGAUCUUGUGUUUCAACAAGACAGGUCGUUAUGCAUAUCGAUGGGGCCCAGGGAAGUACACAUAUAUUAUCCCAAUGGAUCCAGGAAAUCAACUAUCCACGUGAAUAGCAAUUACGAUCCUCUAAGAUUAAACAGAAGUCCUUCUGAUGAAAUCCUCAUCGCUAACAAUGGGAAGAAAGUCUACAUCUAUGACCCGACUGAAUCCACUCUCAAACACACUGUUUCAACAAAACACAACAUGACCCAGGUAUCUGCUACCAGGUCGGGUUUGAUCGUCACGUGUUCAUGUUAUCCAAGCGUGGUGACAGUCUAUGACAGGAAUGGGAAUGCUGGUAAGUCUCUAGAAGCUCCAAACGAUGUCCUCCUGUAUGCUGCCGUGGAUGAGCAGGACAGGGUGUAUGUAGCGAGUGUUGAUCGUAAGAAGGGUAACGUGGUGAUCAGGCUCUAUGACCUUGAUGGUCUGAACCUGAAGGAAAGAGUUGAGUUCAAUGUACUUAAUCUGACGCUUGAAGAUCCUUGGUGUUACUUGGUUUCCCUCUCUCCAGACAUGCUUGCUUUUGCUCGUCACAGGAAGUUGUAUUUUAUCAAAGUAUCACUGUAAUCCAUCUCACACUCUAUAUACCUCUCUGCUCCAGCUCUAUUCUAAUAUGGGCCUAUAAUGGGUCAUAUUACAUGUAUAUUGUUUAUUAUGUGAUUACUGACCAAACGAGAAGAUGCCCAUUCUCAGAUAGAUUUUACAGUGGACAUUAUAACAAUAUAACAAUAACGUACGUCCCUCUAUCUGAAUAGUAUGUGCAUUCGUAAAAUGUACGUAAAUUAUAUACUUCUUGAAUUGUUUUCUAUUUGAUAUUUUAUUAUAUGAUUGGUACUACAAAAUCAAAGAUUAAUAUAGAAUA